GGGCCCGGAAGGGUGAUGUGGCUGGGGCUUCGCCGGCCUCACUAUGUCUGCCAUUUUCAAUUUUCAGAGUCUGUUGACAGUAAUCUUGCUGCUUAUAUGUACCUGUGCUUACAUCCGAUCCUUGGCACCCAGCCUCCUGGACAGAAAUAAAACUGGAUUGUUGGGUAUAUUUUGGAAAUGCGCCAGAAUUGGUGAACGGAAGAGUCCUUACAUUGCAGUAUGCUGUAUAGUGAUGGCCUUCAGCAUUCUCUUCAUACAGUAGCUUGGAAGAAUAUCAGAAUUUAAUUGCCAUCAGAUUUCAGUAUGGGAAAGGACUUAUUUACAGAAAAUAAUGGAAUGAAUGGUUAACCCUUUUAUCUCUGAACAUUGAAUGAGAUAAAUUUCCAGCUGCUGUUCUCUA